UGACAAGAUUUCUCAUUUUGAGUUUGGGGUUUAGAGAAAAAGCAAGGGCGAAAGGAGAAAGAGUUAAUACAAUACGGCGAAUCCACUGACAAACUCUGGAUUGGGUUUGUCGCAUAGUUAGCUUCAUCUUCAAAACCUUAACUCCUCUCUUCAACCUCUGCACUAUUCUCCUUCAAUUCAUCCAUGAAAAUCUAUCCAUAAAUUUUCUCCCUAUCCAAACACCCAAAAAAGAAAAAGAAAAAGAAAAAACAAGAAAGAAUGUCUCUGGCAGUAUUCCCAACAUCACCUAUGAAUACCCAAAUCAUCCCUUCCUCAAAACCCUUACCCUUGUUGCCCCCUUCAUUUAGCCGCCCUGUUAUACCCUACAAAGCUCGUAAAAUCAGCGUUAUAAAGGCUACAGCAUCUCCGGCAGUAGAUGGCGACCCAAUUGCCGAUUUGGAACGGUGCUACCAAGCGUCGUCGUCUUCUUCAUCGGUGAUGUAUGCGCCUGUAAUGAAGGGAGGACAAUACGGUUCGGUUGGUGCCGUUACUCUCAAGAAAGAGGGCCUUAAUUUGGCACAGCAGAAGCAGACUAAGUCUAGUCCCGAGCUUUCAACUGGCGGAGGUGGUGGAAAUAUGGGAAAGAAUCUAAACCACGGCGGUGGUGAUGGAGGUGAUGAUGAUGGUGAUGAUGACGAUUACUUUGAUGAUUUCGAUGAUGGUGAUGAGGGAGAUGAGGGUGGUCUCUUUAGGCGACGAAUGCUACUGCAGGAAUUGUUUGAUCGUAAAUUUGUUGAUGCCGUGCUGAACGAGUGGCAGAAGACAAUGAUGGAUUUACCACCUGGACUUCGGCAAGCCUAUGAAAUGGGAUUAGUCAGCUCUGCCCAAAUGGCGAACUUUCUUACUUACAAUGCUAGGCCUACCAUUGCUAGAUUCAUUUCUCGGUUACUUCCUGAAGGAUUAUCCAGGGCAUUCAAUGGCAGGAAGAUUGCAGAUCCGGCCUUUUUAAACAAGCUGCUUUUGGAUCAGGCAGCUACAAUUGGUUGCUCAGUGUGGUGGGAGGUCAAAAACCGAAAGGAAAGGAUUAAGCAGGAGUGGGAUCUUGCUCUUCUUAACGUCCUAACUGCAUCGGCUUGCAAUGCUGCUGUUUUUUGGACGCUUGCUCCUUGUCAAUCCUAUGGGAAUACUUUCCGCUACGAUUUGCAGAACACGAUACAGAAGCUGCCGAACAAUAUCUUUGAAAAGAGUUAUCCUUUAAGAGAAUUUGACAUGCAGAAGAGGAUUCAGUCCUUUUUCUAUAAGGCUGCAGAGUUGUCUAUGGUUGGGCUCAGUGCAGGAGCUGUGCAGGGGGCUCUGUCAAAUCUUCUUGCCAGUAAAAAGGAGGGAAGGUUAUCAGUGUCUAUCCCAUCUGUGAGUAGUAAUGCGCUCGGUUAUGGGGCCUUCCUUGGGGUAUAUGCGAACCUGCGUUAUCAGCUGUUGAAUGGAUUUGACAGAGCUGUUUGUAACUACUUUGAUGUUAUUGGGGUGGCUCUCGUCUUCGGCACUGCCAUGAGAGUUUUGAAUGUUCAAGUAGGAGAGACAUCAAGGCUAGCUUGGCUUGGUGUGGAGGUGGAUCCACUGGCUCAUUCAGAUGAUGUCUUGAAGAAGGCAUACAGUAGACCUACUGAAGGAGGGCUUGAGCAGUCAUCUUCAAAAUGGUUCAUAUCCAAGGGUGCGAUUGUUUCUGGGCUUGGGCUUUUGGGUAUCAAACAAGGUCAGAAUGACUCAACGACUGAGGGUGAAACAUCAGCUCCUAAGGCCCGGAGAAAAAGAAUAGUCAGGAAAAAGGUAGCCAGUUGAGCUUAGGUAGUUGAUAUAGUGCCAUGUACUGCUCAUGUUUUCCGAACCCGCAUUUUGGAUGAGGAGUUUUGGUCUAAAGCACCAAUCAAGCAAAGAGAGCUGCGAUGCAGGUUUGAUUAUAUGAGCAUUGGAAUUGUCCACUGCAGCAGGAGGUGAUUUUACUUAUGAUGCUGCGGAAGCUGCUUCUCAGUUUUUUCCGUCAUCCCUUUCUUAAAUUUAGUAAAAUGAGUACAAGAUCUAAAGAUUGAAGCUUGCCAGUCUUUUCAAUGGUUAGAUGGUAGGUACAUUGCUGAUCAAUCUUUUAUUUUCAUAUGUUUAUAGUCCCAUGAGGAUCAUGUUUUCUUGUUGGGCAGGGAUCAACUUGCCUCAGUAGUGAUCUCUAGGGGAUUAAAACUUAGGUCAUUUACACAUUUUUUUUGUUUUGUUUAUGUUUGUCCUAUUUCAACCAUGUACAAACUCUUACAGCAGGAGUGAAUUGGUAAUUCUAUGUUCAGACA